AUGAGUCGGGCAGUAGGUGGUCUGCAGCUUUGUCGGACCCGCAAUGUCUUUUAUGCAUCGCAGCACCGCCUCCACCGCCAUCGAUGGAAUAAAUGGAACCAUGGUGCUACCUCUUACGCUAGUCGUUGGUCGUCUACAGAGCGCAUCCACAACCAUGUGUCGACCUACCACUACACCAUCUGCCGUCGGUGGUGCAGCGGAAACAGUGCGAGCGCAGGAAAAGGGGAACCAGCGGAACACGGAGAGGUGGUGAGCGACGAUUUCGCAACUCGGCCCCGCCGCAGCCUGCACGUCGUGGAUCCGCUUAGUCCUGAGCUGUUGAAAUGCCUGGAGUUUGGUAGCGAUUGCCUGGUGCUUUCCUCGCGGUUUAGUCGCGGACCGGACAGCCAGGCAGAUUUCGCGACGGCGCGGACCAGAGUCGCGCUCUGGGUGGAAGAUAUCCUAAAGCCACUGGACGCGGAGUUCGCGGCUUUUGAACGCGACGUCCUGCGGAGCAGUACUAAAACGCAAAAUGGAACGAGCAGUACUCGGCGUCGACUGCAGUUCUACAGGCCCGAGGUGUUGAUUGACCAGGCGUUGCUUGUGCACAGAGUCGCACAGCAAGGUGUGGCGCAUGGGCAAACGAAGCCUGAACAAACUGGUCCCCGUCUUCUUCCGGAGCUCUUCGAUGGGGUUGUAGAGCUGCUGGAGGAAAGAGAAAGUACAACUGGUACAGAUUCGUCUGUGGACGCGAGCGUAUUCGUGCUUACAGAAAGCGGCACGUCGUGCGAAGCUGCAGACGGAUCCCCUCUGCUUCGCUUGCAGGCUCUGAAACGGGGAAGUCAAAGCAGGGAACAACGACAAAGUACUAGCGGCAGCGAAGAGGACUUUCGCAAUCUGGUGCAAAGUGUGUGUUCCCUCGGGAUCGACAGCCUGGACCACACGACUAGCGGAGGACCGACUUCGAAAGUCCUGGGGAUAUGUACGCGCAAGUCUACGGACAUCCCGAUCGUGCAUGAGUUUUUUCCUCUGACAAAACCAGAAAUCGCUUUCCACCGCCGAAUCGUUUUUGCGCACGAAACGUCGCUGAUUCCGGAAGACGUGCGGGGCAGUCCUGCGGAGGCCCGGAAAGCGUCGACAUCCUCAACUUCUAGUAGCGCGAAGUUUUACAAGCGGGCGAAGAAGAUUUUGAAGCGCGCAAGCCGACAGCACAUUGAUACGCUUUCGUCCUCUGCUGCGCGUGAUCGCAUUGAAGUUGCGACAGAUAAGAUAGAAAGCCAAACUGCCGAUGGUCGUGAUGCGAUUGAUGAAAUGGUCGAAAGUAUGCAAGGCGCGGUGUACAUGACGCCAGCACAGAUCGCUCGCCGCAAAGCCUUUUACAAAAAGCACAGAGACCAACCUGAGCGAUACCCGACAGUCACAUGGAUCUCUGACGAGGAAAGUGAAAAGCACGAUAAGGAAUCCGAAGGUAUCAGACUAGUGCUUGCGCAAAUUCUUACGUGA